AUGAACACCCUGAGAGGUUUCGAACGCGUCCUCGGGAUAUCUUGGAUACCGAGGGAGGACCUGUUCUGUUUCACGACAAGCCUACGAGAUCUUGGAACACUCGUGGAAGCCAAAGUUGCGCCGACAAAGAGGAAGAUGCUGAGCUUCGUCAUGAAGAUCUACGAUCCGUUGGGGUUGGUCGGUUUCCUAGUUAUCCAAGGAAAAAUAUUACUGCAAGACGUGUGGAAGAAGUCGUGGUUGCAAGUUUUGAAGGAGCUAAACUCCGUUCGAAUCCCUCGAAGCUACUUUCCUGGAUAUGAUCCGGCCUGUUAUGAUGACCUAGAGCUUCACAUAUUCGUGGAUGGAAGUGCACAAGCCUAUUCUUCCGCGGCGUACUUUCGCGUCAAAGAUCGAGGGCAGAUACGAUGUGCCUUGGUUGCAUCCAAAACAAAGGUAGCUCCGCUUCAGAUAGUUUCGAUUCCACGAAUAGAACUGCAAGCGGCCGUGAUUGGUGCACAUCUGCGCAAAGCGAUCGAGGAUGGCCAUUCGAUCCAGGUUAAACGCACGUACUUUUGGAGCGACUCCAGCAACGUUGUAUCGUGGAUCAAGUCAGACACCCGCCGAUACCGGCAGUAUGUAGCGUUCAGAGUCAACGAAGUAUUGAACCUGUCCAAAGUUGAAGAAUGGUGUUGGCUUGGGACGAAGAACAAUGUUGCAGAUGAAGCUACGAAGUGGGAGAAGGGUCCGAAUUGCAAUCCUGAGAGCCGAUGGAUGUGUGGGCCUGCCUUCCUUUAUGAAGCUGAAAACGAUUGGCCGAAGCACAAACCCACGAAAGCAGACGAAGUGGAAGAGCUGAGACCUGCGUACGUGUGCAGUCACUUGCUGUCUGUGCCGAUGAUCGACCUGUCGAGAUUCUCAAAAUACGAGCGACUACUUCGGAGCGUGGCCCACAUGUUCCGGUUCAGCGAGAAACUUUCGCAACGAAUCGGAAGGUCAACAUUCGACGAUUCUGGAACAAUUAUCCGUGAAAACCUUCGGAGUGCGGAAGAGUAUCUGUGGCGACUUGCGCAGUCAGACUGUUAUUCGGACGAGGUGGCUACGUUGAAGCGGAACAUGGAACGCGAUCCGGAAGACCAACAAUCGUUGUGUUGGAGUAGUCCACUAGUUAAUUUUCCGGCCGUCAUGGAUGAGCAUGAGUUGAUGCGUGUAGAUGGUCGUAUUGGAGCUGCGGACUGUCUGGAAUAUGAUGCCAAGUUUCCGGUUAUUCUACCUCACCGCUGGCGCUGA